AUGUCGCUGGCUGAAUACAUUACAGAUCCGAUACCCCGACCUGCGACCGUUACCCGACAAAGACCCCCGCCUGGGAGACCCCAUUAUCCGCGAAGAGGCCUACAAAGAGACGACACGGAGACUCCACGAUGUCUGCGAACCCCUCUGCCUCUCAUUACUGCCGCACCGACGUUUCGUAAGCGUUGUGGUACAUAUCUUCUCGAUCCGACCACCCAGGUUAGCACUCAUUACACUCCCUUAGCAAGCAGACAGAACGGAAUGCAUGGAAUCUCCCCUCCACCCCUCUCCCUUGAAGCUGGCACAGAUAGAUAAUUACAGUAAUGUUACUCCCACUGCCCUUCGCCGGCUCACUUACACGUCCAAUUACAAUCAAAUGCAUCCAAUCUCAUGCGUAUCCUUUCCUGUUAGCGUUCAUCGCUCUAUUUGCAGAACCAAUCAGUUCCGAAAUUAGGAUCAGCGGAGUUCGAUUUGUUUUUAGUCUUCAUUUUGUUGUGUAUGUACGUAAUCUAAUGGACAUCAUUAUUUCCAAGUCAU